CCGCCGCCAACGAACCGACAACCAGGAGAUCAACCGUCAACCAGGAGAUCAACCGUCAUAAGGCUACAGACACUGCCAGCCAUGUCCUGCCUCUAAAUCCCCCUUAAAAAAUAUAUUUAGCAUUUUAAUGCACACAACAAGAGCCGAUUUGCUACUCCUUUUUUAAACAUAUUAUAUUUCAAAAGCGUCGUUGUUUUUGUAUUUAUUAAUAAGGAGAGAACAUGUCUUCCCCCGCGCAGGAAAGGAGGUCUGGCGUUCAGCUGCUGAGCGCCGCGCUGCUGCUGCUGUUCUCGCUCUCCGGUUGUUUGAGCAUGGAUGUGAUCAUGCCCGGUAGCAUUAAUGCACUGAAUGGAACAACUAUCAAAAUCCCCUGCACAUUUACUUCCUGCUAUAAGAUGGAUCCUAACAAGUUUGUCAUGAACUGGACCUACCAAGAAACACUUAAUGACACAGAGGAGAUGAUUAUGAUGUACCAUAAGAAAAGAGGAAUGGUGCCUCUGCGCUCGGACCGGUUCGGAGAUAGGGUCAAGUUUGCCGGGAACCCGGAUAAGAAUGACAUGUCAAUCACUCUAUCCAAUGUUCAGAUCGAGGAUGAGGGGCAUUACAACUGCAAUGUGAUAAACCCCCCAGACCGCAUCCAAGGACAUAAUGGCUUACAGCUCAAUGUUGUUUCCGAACUUCCCCCUCCAAGGGAUUCGACCAUUGCAGUUGCGAUUGGGGCAUCAGUGGGUGGAGCAUUAGCUCUGCUGAUCCUUUCCAUGGUAGUAGUGAAAUGUCUUCGCCGACACCAAAAACAGGAACUGAUUUCAGAAGAGAAGAUGGAGGAGGAGGGAAAACUGGAGGCUGAGGGUGUUGCAGAGGAGGGAAUCAAACAACCAUAGCUGGGUCAUCUGAUUGAACCAGCGGCCGGUGGAGCUCUCACCCCCAACACCCCCUCCGGUAAAUACCUGCUCAUGUCACCCAAUCUGGACUGUUGUCGUCUGUCAUCAACACCAUGUCUGCUACAGAACUUGACAUGGACCGUAUCGAGAAAAAUAUGAAAUACAACUAAUCAAAUAAAUAAAAAUCAAAGUCAAAACCAGACUGACAGGACACUGCUCUCUUUGCAUGUUACAUAAUACAUUAAGAAUUGCAAUUAGUAGAAUUGCAGUAGCCAACAGAACCACAAACGUAUUUAUCCCUCUGUCAAAAGAGGACUGUGGAUGUGCACUGUGUUAAAAAAAGAAACGCUUAUACAAUAUGUGUAUGCAUGUGUGCAAGCGUACAGGUUCCUUUGUGUGUGUGUUGUGUGUGUGUUUUGCCCCAGAUCUCUCUACCUGCUGGCUUCAUCUCGAGAGAAGAUUUUUUUUAUUGGGGCAUCUACCAAGAAUAUUACAAUCAUCGGUCAAAUAUUGUUCAUUCUCUUCUCCUCUCUUUUCUUUCAGACAUAAGCACUCCCUACCUGAAGAUCUAUAGUAACCACUGCUUGAAUCAUUGUCCACUGAUACUUCCAUAUCUUUUGCGUGUGUGUGUGUGUGUGUGUGUGUGUGUGUGUGUGUGUGUGUGUGUGUGUGUGUGUGUGUGUGUGUGUGUGCGUGGUGGUGGUGGUGGUGGGGGGGGGCUGAAUGUGUCUGUGUGAGUGCGUAUUUCUAUAUGUCUGUGUGAGCUGCGUCUUUUUCCUUGAAAUAAGCCAGGGAACUUACCUGCUAAACACAUGCUACUUUUUAUUCAUAGCCACAAGUCAACUUCAGGGACUAUCUCACAAUGAGUCAAUCUCUCAAUAAGGAUUGGAAUUUUCAUCACACACUAAUAGGACAUGCAAGGGCUGGGCGGUAUGACCUAAAAUGUAUACUACAAUAUAGUACAGUACAAUAUCACAGCGUCACAAUAUCUAAUUUUAUUGCCUGAAGUUUAUUAUAUAAUGAAUUAACUAUUAAUAACGCUAUGAGUGGCUGGGGAGGCAGAGCUUCAUACUGCAGACUGCACAGCAAAUGUUGUGUGUGUGUGUGUGUGUGUGUAAUGGUAAAUUGUUCAGUUUCCACUCUUUCAACUGCUGCAGUUUAGCUUUGAGAAUUUUGGAGGGUGAAAUGUUUUGGUUUAACAUCCUAUGAACCCAGUGUCUUUCAACUCUGCCUUAAAUGCAUCUCUCAGUAUUGGCACCAUGCCUUAAUUAACAUGCACAGUUGCAUGUGUUAUCCAGAGAGAGAGAAAAAACAUUCCUCAUACCUGCGUGGAUGUUUUCCGAGCAAAAAAACAUCGCCCUGCAUCGUCAGCAGAAUCUGAUUCUGCACUCUGCUCAACAGACCUUUUUCACAGCAGACAUUUUGACUUCAUAGCAGGAAAAGCACAGGUGGUACUAAUAAAAUUAGCGAGAGCGCUGCUCUAUUCAAGUGCCCCUGCAGGUCAUGACAGUAGCUGUGGUUUUUAUUUUGCAUUUUUAAGUUGUUGAAAUUACAGCCCCAUGACAUUACCACUGUCAGUGGUAACACAAAAUGAUGAUGAUUAAGUGUCUGAAAUUUCAGUUUAUUCUCACUCACCGCUCACCAUAGAAUACACAAUUGAAUGUCUAUUAUAUACGGAGUAGUGAAUGAAUGAGGGAGCGAUUUCAGACACAGCCAGGGUGACAGUGAGCCAGCAUGAACAAUACCAGGACUCUGACACUGAAGCACCGAAAUGGAAUUCAGCCAUCAUUAUGUUGUUAUUUACACCUGGGAUUUUUCUAUUGUGACAUGUCAAAAUGUCUUCUGUGAAAAAGGGCUGCACUGAGUAACAUGCAGUGAGUUGAAGUGAUUAUUUAAGAGUACUUUAUGCAACAUAAAGGGUAACGUGGACCCUUUCCCCCCAUGUUAUUGUAUUUAAGUGAUUAAUAGGAGCAAGGAUGUUUGAAACUGGUCCAGUAUUCAGAGAGAACGCUGCAGACCUAAAGGAACAGGCUGUAAUGUAAUCAUAUCGGGCAAUUGCGCACCGUCAAUUCACGCCCACUAAAAGUGCUUGUUUUUGCCACUGAUAGGCUCAGGUUGUUAGUAUAAGGGCCUGACAACAUUAUGGAAAUGACCAAACAGAGAAACCUUUCACUUCCUUCUUGUUACCGUUUCAUGUGACUUGUUGCCGUAAGACGACGUGAGUGAGAGUUUGUUAUGUUGGAGUACAGAAAGCGUAGUUUAGUGAUUUUUAAAAGAUUUUCAAUGUCAUAACUGAAUAUUUGGCUGAUUUCGACAAUGUUGAUGCGAUGUCAGACACCAGAACUAGACUUCUCCGAGUGAGACACACAACAACAAACGAACCGGAUCAAUUGAAAGGUAAAGAACAUGUUUUUCUCUGUAGGGUCCCCUCCAUAAUGUUGUCAGACACUUAUUAUAACAAUCUGAGCCGGUCAGUGGUAAAAACAUUCACUGUAUUGGAUGUAAAUUGACGUAGCGCAAUUGUGCUUCAUCGAUAUGAUCACUUUGCAGCCCCUUUAGCAGCUGCAGUGUUCUCCCUCAAUACUGGACCAUUUUCAAAAAUUGUUGUCCCCAGUUUCAUCACAAAAACAUUGGAAAUAGGGUCCAUGUUGAAAAAAGACAGAUGUCACCCUUUAAAUUCAUUCUUUAGUAACACAAACAGCAUCGCCCAAUCUUUAUAUUCCUACUGUAUGUUAUUACUGGUUAUACCGUCCACCCCUAUGACAGAAACGUCUGCACCCAUCCAGGCCUUGUCUAGAAGAAUGAUAUGUUAGUGUGCCUGAAUACAGAGGUUACAGUAGCAGACACAGAUGUUUGUUCCGUUAUUUAUAGGAUAAAAUGUGUCUUUAUAUCAGACCAUACAACACUUACAAUAUCUGUGACUGCAGUACAUUGUGCACUUAUUUGCACACACUGCAUAGGGAUAAUUGUCAGUAACAGUGAUGAGCUUUCCUCUCAGAAUGCUGCCCUACAUACAUAAUGUUACUGGAUGAAAAGGAUGGUAUUAGAGAUAAAGUGAAGUGAAUUAUCGCUGAUAUAUGACAGAAUUUAUGUCAGAAACAUAUCAAAGACUAUUUUAAGUGGAAAAACUCACAUUGCACCUACAAUCACGUAAUUCCUGCCAGUGACAACCAUUAUUAAUAUGUAUGGGAGGACUUAAUAAAGGUUGCCCAAAAAGUAGAUUUUACACAGCCACCGUUUUAUAGUAAUCCUUACCAUGACAAAUAUCACACGCAUAUUAAUACAGGAAAUAAUACCAAAUGAUCCAAAUUAGAACACAAGAUGCUUGUGUUCGUGACUGACAGAGAGGUGCUAAAUUGAAAAUAGGUAGAAUCUGCUAUUUUGUCAAUUUAAAGCAUGUACAGCUUACUAUACUGCCAUGAAUGCAUGUCAAACAGUGCAUAUCAAAAAGAAAAAUAUUAUAAUAAAUUAAGAAAUGUAAUCAUGUUCUGUUUAAUUCAUUAACUUGAUAAAGCCACAGCAAUGUGAGUCAGUCAAAGCAUGUUUGAGCUUUCUCAUAUGUAGCAAUCAUUUAUCAAAUAUUAUAAUACCAGAAUUUUAUUUCGAUUUCAUUUUGAUUCAUGCAUAAAUAUGUUCUGCUUACAUAUUUGAUUUAUAAAGUCUCAGAGGUAUUUGGUUGCACAUAGAUGAGAUUAAUCUGCCAACUUCAAGAUUCAAAAAUCUUUGUUUACAUUAUGAAAAAAUAAAAGCUUCCGUUCACAUAAUCUAAUCUAUAUAUUUUUUCCAACUGGAGCCCGGUUUAAGAGACAAAAAAACUUUAAAUUGAGCCAUUACACCUCAAUACAAACACAUUGUAUUUGUUCAUUUUAAAGCAGAUUAAUAUGUAAUAGUUAUGAAAGUUUUAAAACUUACAUCCUAGCUCUGUCUCCAAAGUUAUGCCUUUACCUCAUCAGUGGUGUAUCAACAUGUAUAUAUUGUUUUGCACAUUAACACAUUCAUACCAAUUCUAAUAUAAUCAGUUUAAUUAGUGGAGAGCAUGCGGAUGGAAUGGAAAUGAGGACAUCACAUAAAGCUCACUUUAAUAAGGUGGUAUAUGGGAAAGUUGGACCGUUAUAGAAACAUGGCAUGAUGAUUGUAUGGUUAAAUGGGACAUGUAUUGGUAGUGCAUUUUUUUUGAUCAUGUCUUUGGUUGGAGCACCUUAAAUGUAAAAAAAAAUAUUCUCUUGAUAUUAAUAUUUAAUGUCCACUUUUACAUGUUGCAGCAUGUGAGCUUUGUUAUUCUCUGAAUGUUGUUUUAACUAUGUUGUGAUGACAGGCCAGCUGUCACAGAGUGAUGUCUCUAUGAUGCCUGUAAUGCUGUGUCAUCCAGAUUUCGGAGAGUGGUUGGCACUUCCAAAUCUGGUGGCUUGGCCAUUCCUGGUUUCUGACAUUUAAAAAAAAAUAUGUACAGGCCUGUGUUAAGGCCUAUAACUUAAUAAGGGUUUUUAUGGUUUUAUUAUUCAUGAUUUUAUAAUUAUAUGUGGUGUAUUGUGUGAUCAAUAUGGUCAUUUAACACAAUCAUGCUGUUAAGAACUAUAAUAAAAUGGUGAUGUAUUGAUAUAUUCAAAUAGUUGGCUGUAUGCAUUUAACUGCAGAGUUAUUUGGUUGGGAGAGCCCCGUCUGACACAUUUCGUGGGACACUGCUAUCUGAGUGGGUUGAAGCUUGUUUAAGUUGCAGGGUUUGUGUGGUUCACCCAUGAGGUGAGGACUGAUUAACAUUUGGGGCUAAUUCAUAUUUGGCGGUAUGAAGUCAGAUAGAUUACUGUAUAUUGUAUAUACUGUAUUUCUCAAACAACUAAACUAACAAAAACAUUAAUAUUGUACGAUGAAGUAGACAGAUUUAUCAUUGUGCAUCACUGUUUACCAUCUCUGGCUAUGAUUCUGCCCACAAUAGUUGCUCUUGUACAACUUUAAAUGUCAGUGAACACCAAACUAAUGCUUGCACUUUGCUGCCUCUGAACAUGCAGCUGUCAUUACAUUGUGUAUUUUGAAUAAAGUUGAUUUUGCAAAAUGUCA